AUGUUAAACCUUCCUUUCACCCCCGAUCCCGAGAAACCUUUUGAUCAGUACGAUGGAUUCUACACCCAGUGGUCCAGAUACGUAAUCUUAAACUGCCUCCCUCUCCUCCGUCAAGAGCCGCCUCUCUCCAUCAAUAACGACUUCGUCCUCAGCCAGAUAAACGCUUACUACGAAGCUCUAAAUCGCUACGCUAGUCUAGAAUCUAUCCUGCACUUGUUGUUCCCGUCAUGGCGCAGACUCUCGCUCGAGACGCCGAUUCUCUGCCUCGGCGAUAUUGAUCCUCAGAUUUUCUUCUGCCUCUUUCGCGCCUUCAUUCAACAACCCGGUGAAGAAGAUCUUGCCGCGUGGGAUGAGCUCUCUGCCCCCAUGUUAGACAAAAUCGAUGAGAUAGAGAGCAAUACUAAGGAAUCGGUGGCUUCUCUGCUGAAUCGAAUGAGGCAAGCACGUUACAAGUUUCUUGAUGGAUUCUUCGAGAAGUGGGUGUUCAAGCUCUUUUGUGAGAAAAAGCGAAUCACGGUUAGCGAUACGGCGGCUUUAGUGACUGUGGAUCAACAUCACGGCGCAGCGAUGGCGGAUCUUGUGGCUAUCUUUGUUGAGGCCAAUCAGUUGAGAAGGUCAGUACUCAAAGAGAUUCUUGAAGAAAUGAACACGAAACAAGGCGCUCUGUUUCUUGAAGGUAUCUGCAAAAUCUAUGCUGGGUUUCAAAAUCAGCAGCAGUCGCCGGCUCAACCUCCACCGGAUCUUGACCUCUCCUUUAUGAUCGAAGACGAGGCUGCACCAAACGCUCUAAACCCACCAAACGCUCUAAACCCGCAGACACAGCCAUUUUUCCCGGCAGAGCCCUUGUUUCCUCCUCAAGAGCAGAAUCUGCCGGUGAACCUUUUCGUCGGAGAUCUCGAUCCUUCUGUGACACCGACGAUCCUUCACGAUUUCUUCAAACAGCGCUACAGAUCGGUAACUAAAGCACGUGUUCUCACCAGGGGAGGAGCAAGCCGAAAGUUUGGAUUCGUCAGCUUUGCAAAUCAGGGAGACCGAGAGCUAGCACUGACGCAAAUGAACGGUGAGAUACUCAAUGGCACUGCAAUCAGAACAGGCCCUGCACAAUUUUAG